UUGCGGCGAAAGGAUGGAACGGAAAUGGUGCUACUACUUCCCCGUUUGGUUACUCCUGGGAGCGGUGUGCUUAGUGUUUGUCGUUCGACAUCUGUCUUACCCGAAGGCGGUGUUUCCUUCGGUGGGUAAAUUUAUGGCCGGACCACAGUUUCUCGACGCAGUUCGUUCGGCCAAAGACCGACCGGUUCCACUGCAGCUUGCAGAAUUUCACGAAGGUGCCGAGUGUGAUCGUAUUUGCACGGAACGGGAAGCCCCACGUGUGUGUUACUUUCGCUGGAUUGCGGAACAUUAUGCGGCGAUGGGAUCUGCGUGUGGCGAUUGCCGAUGGGGCAAUCGAAGCCACUGCUUUCACCCGCAGUGCAUCACGGCGGACGGUAUGGAGCGGGGCGUACUGGCCCUUAACCGGCGCAUCCCGGGCCCAACGAUCCACGUCUGCCGGCACGAUUUGAUCGUGGUGGACCUGGUGAACCACAUGGAGGGGCUGGAGUCGACCAUUCACUGGCACGGUGCUCACCAGUACGACACACCGUGGAUGGACGGCGUGCCAAUGAUUACGCAGUGUCCGAUCCCGAACGGGGCCGCCUUCCGGUACGCGUUCAACGCGUCCGAACCGGGCACCCAGCUGUACCACUCACACUCCGGCCAUCAGAAGGCGAACGGGCACUAUGGGCUGUUUGUGAUACGAUCGCCCACCGACAUCAAUCGCCAUCUAUACGAUUACGAUCUGACCGAGCAUCACAUCAUCAUCUCGGAUUGGACGCUGGAUUUGGUGGAGAAGUUUGUGCCGGGACUGCAGAGCAGCACCGUGCGCAUGGACUCGAUACUGAUCAAUGGGCGAGGGCGACAUUUUGAUGAAGAGGAACACGAACUACAGACGCAGGCACCGUUGACUGUGUACCGGGUGAAGAAGGGCUACCGGUAUCGGUUUCGCCUAGUCAGCAGUGGCAGUCAAUUUUGUCCCUUUCAAUUACAAAUUGAAAAGCAUCGAAUGCAGCUCAUCGCAACCGAUGGAGGCGCCGUGCAGCCCACGAUGGUCGACACGCUCAUCUCCACCUCGGGCGAACGGUACGACUUUGUGCUGUCGGCAAAUCAGAAACCAGGUACCUACUGGGUGCGGGUCCGUGCCAUUGGCUUCUGUAACAUCGAGCGAAGGGAAGAGUUUGCCGUCCUAUCGUACGAGGACGAAGCGCCCCACGUACCGGAAAAGGUUCUAGCCUACCCGAAGCGUACGCCUCCCAGCUGGGACGACCGGUUCCCAUCGGGCACGGUUCUCAACAACCCGAACGCCACGUGCUACGUACCGGACGAUGACGAUCUGUGUGUGGCCGAUCUGGAAUCGCACGAGGUCCACCGGGACGACGACCUGAUCGAUGCAGCACCGAACAAAACGUUCCGCAUCCUGUUCAACACGUUCACUGCCGACCCGGCGGUACUUUUCUCCGACCAAGGUUACGUCCGUUACAUGACCGUGGUACUUACGCUCAACAACAUCGGCGUCACGAACAACAUUAGCAUGGUGUUCCCGGACUUUCCGCUGCUCACGCAACCGGAACUGAUUGGCGGCGACGGGAUGUUCUGCAACAACACGCACCGGCCGGCCCGGUGCAAACCGCACCACGCCUGCUUCUGCCUGCACCGGCUGAAGGUGGCCCUCAAUGACGUGGUCGAGAUGUCGCUGAUCGACGACGCGGAAGUGGUACGCGACCUGUACCAUCCGUUUCAUCUGCACGGCCAUCGGUUCAUCGUGACGGGGAUGGGCCAGCUGCCCCAGUUCGGGACGCAAAGCGAAAAGGUGGACUUUGUCGAGCGGGCUCGCCGGUACUCGCGCACCAUGCCUAGCGACCAUAACCCACCGUACAAGGACACUGUGUCGGUGCCGUCGCGCGGCUACACCCGCAUACGCUUCCGGGCGGACAAUCCAGGAUUUUGGCUGGUACACUGUCACUUCGAGUGGCAUCUCGGCAUCGGCAUGAGCUUUGUGCUGCAGGUGGGCGAGCUGGACGAGAUGAAACAGGCCCCGAAGGACUUUCCACGCUGUGGCAGCUACAAACCGGACAUCUACACGCAGACCUAGGGUGUUGUAAAUAGUUGUUGUCGACGUUCUUUUUUUAACCUUUUGAACGAGAGAGCCUGUUGGGCUCGCUUCACUGGAACCGCCGUGGCAUGCGUGUCGCUCUAAACUUACCAGCUACAAGUCUCCCAACCUCCCCGCGCUGCUAUUCCAGGUUCCGGGCAGUUCUUGCGCUUCACCGAGCAGUUUGAAUGUAAAUAGCAAUCUAGCAAAGUCAUGCGACCAGAAGUAGAUUAUGCUGUGCCCGUGUCCGGUAUUUUACUGGACGUGGUGUGUGUUUGUGUGUUUUAAAAUAGUAUCUGACAUGCAAAGCAGACGCUGGUGGUAUUGCUCUUUAAGCUGCUCCAAAUUGAAUGUAUUAUUAAGUAAGCUAUAAAUAUAAAGUGUCGUUAAGUUGUAGGUUUGUU